AUGCGACUUGGAGCAUGCGUCGGAAGCUUAGCCCAAUUUCAAUACGUCGUUAUUAUCGUGCUUCUUUUCUUGUUGCUACUUCAACACUACGAAACUGUGCCCGUAGUAGAGCUUCACGACCGUUUUUUAGCACUAGAAAGCACUGCAGGUCAACUUGGAAGCCAGCUCUUUCACCUUUGUUCCGGACAUGCGAUUGCUCGAAAACUCCGUCGCCGGCAUUACGUUCGCACAUUGUACACACAAGGUGCAUAUAUCGGUGGAUAUAUGGCUAAGAUCGAGGCGGUGUUUCCAAGACUCGCCAAUUCGUUCACAAUAUUGGAAGCCAAAAACGAGCAUCGUAUUCCGUUUGCAUACAAAAAUGGAGUAAAGAGCUGUUGCGAGUACGAAGAUCCAUACAGAGUAAUAGGGAGGACCGAGCAGUUCUUAGUGCUUGACACCCAGCUCGGUCAAAAUUCGCAGUACUUCGAGGACAUGCUACCAGAACUCCAUCAACUUCUUGAGUUUUCAAGUGACAGAUCUGUUAUGUGCGCCCACAUACGCCGAAAAGAUUUCCGUGAUUUGAACGUUGCAUCUGAUUUUAAUAGAAGUAUUCAUGACAUUCACGAGAUUGCUAGCCAACAGGGCUUGUCGAAUGUGCUUCUAUUUGGUGAGGAUUUGGGCCUUAUGAAACCGCUAGGAGAGUUGCUCAUUGGACUGGACAAAUCUGGAAAAAGGGAAGUGCAGUAUUCAUUCAAUUCCGAAGAAAUCGAUUUUUAUUUGGCGUCGAGGGCUUGCGGUGCUUUUCUCAUCACCGCUCCAACGUCAGCAUUUGGCUGGUGGCUAGCGUUCUUCAUUCAAAAUCAAGACGCUGUUUUCUACAGUAACGACAGCAGAGGCAUGGCUGACAAAGUCAUACGCAAGGAUCUGUUCUUGUACGAGUUUGCUUCAUGUUUAAAAAAUUAG